AUAUCAAUCAGCUGAUUCACUCAUUCUGCAUGCAUGUGUGUUUGUGUGUGACAUUGAUUCAAUAUUGUUUUUUUUCCACAAACAAACAAACAAAAAAUCAUGUCAAGUAAUUAUCGUAUUCUUUUACAUUUUCUUACAACAUUAGAUGAUGCAAUUAGUGUUGCAACUGGUUUUCGUGGUAAUCCACAUCUUUUAAAUCGUAUUAGACAAUCAUUAGUUGAACAAUCAAAAAUUGAUGUUUCAAAAUUGAAAAAAUUUCAACCAUCAUCGGAAUUGGAUCUUCGACAAUUGAAAAUUGAUCCAAAAUCGGUAAUUGAUGAUGUAACGAUUGUGGCCGAAGGAUUACGACAAUAUGCUAAUUAUGUGGCUAAACAUUCUGUUAAAGUUAAACCGAUGGUUAAGCCACCGAUUAUUGAAUUACCUAAUCUUAUACCACCACGACCAUCAAUAUUGUUAGAAGAGGAAAAACAUAUAACUAAACCCGUUGUUGCUGAUUCACCAAGGCCAUCGACGACAAAACCAGUGAUAAAUAAACAAAAUCCCCGGGAACAAUCAUCAAAACAGUCUGAUGGUAGCAAAUUUCGUACGAAUUAUUCAACACCGAAAAGAAGUUUAGACGAAGUUGCCUUAUUGAAAUUAUCGGAAAAAGCACGUGAACGUAAAGUACCGGCAAAUCGUUUUGCACGUGUAUUAUCAUUUGGUGGCCUUGCAGUUUCGAUGGGAUUCGGUGCAGCCGAAGAAUUAGCCAAAAGAGUUGUAGGAGCUGUCGAUAAUGAUAAGGUUGAGAAUUCUGUUUUCUCUACGAAUCUAUUUUUGACAAAAAAUAAUGCACAAAAAAUUGUCGAUACAUUAUGUCAAGUUCGUGGUGCAGCAUUAAAAUUAGGUCAAAUGCUUAGUAUACAAGAUAAUGAAUUACUUGGACCAGAAUUACAAGCUAUAUUUGAACGUGUACGACAAUCAGCUGAUUAUAUGCCCGAAUCACAAUUGGUUGCAAUGUUAAGUCAAGAACUUGGAUCAAAUUGGCGAUCAUUAUUUUCAAAAUUUGAUAUGAAACCAUUUGCUGCUGCAAGUAUUGGUCAAGUACAUCAUGCACAACUUGAUGAUGGAUCAUUAGUUGCUGUUAAAGUUCAAUAUCCAGGUGUUGCCGAUAGUAUUGAAAGUGAUAUUAAAAAUGUAUUGACAAUUAUUAAAUAUGCAAACAUUUUUCCGGAAGGUUUAUUCAUUGAUCAUAUAAUGAAUUAUGCAAAAGUUGAACUUGCAUGGGAAGUUGAUUAUUGUCGUGAAGCACAAUGUCAGAUACGUUAUGGUAAUCUAAUUCGUGAACAUAGUUAUCAAGAAGAAAAUCUUCGUGUACCACGUGUAUAUGAAUCAUUAUCAACAAAAAAAAUUUUAACAACGGAAUUAAUUUCCGGUAUACCGAUCGAUAAAUUGGAUGAUUAUGCUGAAACAUCAGAUCCGAAUGUUAAAAAUUCCGUUAUGGAACGUAUUUUACGUUUAUUUUUUCGUGAAUUAUUUGUUUUUAAUUAUAUGCAAACCGAUCCAAAUUGGUCGAAUUUUUUCUACGAUUAUAAAACCGAUACAUUAUCAUUGAUUGAUUUUGGUAAUUGUCGUCCAUUUUCCGAACAAUUUGUGAUGAAAUAUCAUGAAAUAAUCGAAGCUGCAAUUGAAAAUGAUCGUCAAACAAUAUUGGAUAAAUCAUUGGAAAUUGGAUUUCUAACCGGUUACGAAACAGAAAUGUUUAAAAAUGCACAUGCAGAUUCUGUGCUAAUCAUUGGUGAAGCAUUACGAAUUUCAGAUCGUUUUGAUUUUAGUCGUCAAUCGGUAAUCAAACGAAUUAAUAAUCAAUUACCAAUAUUGUUGAAACAUCGAUUAAAACCACCACCGGAAGAAAUCUAUUCACUACAUCGAAAACUUUCCGGAUUAUUUUUACUUUGUUGUAAAUUAAAAGUACAAGUAAAUUGUCGCGCAAUUUAUGAUGAUGUUAUCAAUCAAAUGAUAAAAUUAAAACAAUCAAAUCAAUAAUAAAAAAUGAAAAUAACUAUAGAGAACUA